CCCGCUUGUCUUUUGUCCCCGCCUUCCCCGCAUCACAGCUGGAGUAGCUACCAGUCCAGUACUCUAGCUUAGCGACCACCUUCUUCCUCAUCUCUCCACCGUGUCCAUGACGACUCGAUCCCAACAACCGCCGCCGCCGCUGCCGACACACCGCCGCCACCGCGGGGCCUCGUCUUCCUUCUCGUCGAUCUCAACGACUUCCUCCUCCUCCGCCGCCUCCUCCUCCUCCCCGCCGUCCUCACCGCCCGCCAUGGCCGCCUCCGUCGUUCCCUUCUCCUGGGAGGACCACCCGGGCAUCCCCAAGAUCCACCACGGCACCUUCGUUCCCUCGCCGCUCCCGCUCCCUCUCCCGCCGCCGCCCCCUUCAUCCGCCCGCCACCGUCGGCGCCGGACACGAAACAACGCCCCGCCGGCGGACGGCGGCGACCCCUUCGCGGCCGCGCUGGAGGAGUGCACGAGGGAGGAGCGCGCGGCGGGGAUCGACAUGGACGCGCUGUUCCCUCCAACGCCGGCGAAGGCGAAGGCGAUGCGGCGGCGGACCGCGGGGGCGGCCGGCGGCGGGUUGCUGGGGCUUUACGGGUGCAAGAGCGCCAUGGCGGUCGCAGAGGGCGCCUUCGUCGUCGUGCGCCGGCCUGCGGGCCGGCCCGGGAGGAGAUGACGCCAUGAGGGUAGCUGGGCCGGGCCGGCCGGGCCUAGAUCCGGCCAGAGAUCGAUCCAUCGUUCGUCCGUGGGCAUAUGCGUGCAUGUGGACUCGCUAGGACCAAGGUACAUAAAUAAUGGACUCGCAGUGCGCAACUAGCGCUGCUGGCAGGGAAGGAAAUUCAGAAAUCGGAAACAAGUCUGUUCUUCACCUUUCUCUUUUCUAUUCUUUGCUUUGCUUUUCAUUAGUUUUCCUUUUCCUUUUGCAUGUACUUAAUUCGAUGGUAAUCUCAAGGGAGCCCCUUUAAUGGAUGUGUGGUUCGUACCUACAUUUCAAAAAUGUGAUGUAGCAGCUAGUCAGCUACUAUAUCGUUCUAUAUGUGUAUACAAAAGAUAUAUAAUAAAUGAUUUUCAGUUGGUUUUUCAGCAUAA